AUGACAACCACGCUUCCCUCAUCACCGCCAGAAUUUCACUUGGAACUGGCACAUUUUUUAUCCCCCAGUUGUUUAAAAUCUUUAAGUCAAACAUGCUCUGCCUUGCGCAAAAUAUACAAACCUGAAGCUUGCAAGUACUGCAUGCUAUCAGACACACAAAGCCUCCCACCACCUAAAACAUCAGCAGGCAGACAAAAAAACGAUUAUCGUCCGGUACCAAUUGAGGUAUUGAAAAAUCCAGACCGUUAUUCUUGGUUCUGCAGCGAUGCUGUCAUUUUUCUAGAAGCUAGAACCUGGUAUGAACAAGAUCAGGUUCUUGAGCUUCUUAACCCCAUUAUAGAAGAAAAAUACCCUAGACUGAAAUAUUUCUAUGUUUUAUCUUCUUUACGCCAAAUUCCUUUCCUGUUUGAUUUAUUAGAUCCUUUGGAACGUAAUUCCAAACUUGACAUUGUUAGAAUGACCCUUAGAGACUUUAGUUUUCUUGAGUACUUGACACUAAAUUUCCCACUUCUCAAAAAAAUCACAAUCACCAGUGUUAACCAAUCAUAUGAAAUAGGCAUAAUGCCUUUUGUAAUUAUUCCCGAAUCUCUUAUAUUUACCAAUGUUAAUCAGCUUUCACUUCACGCAGCCUUUUUUAACGAAACUCCACAAUUGAUACCUCCCCUUAUCCGCAGUUUUAAGUCCUGGACAAAUUUAUCCGCACUCAUUAUUUCUCAAAUCAAAGUUUUUUCGAAUGAUGAUCAGAUCUUGGUAAAAGAAUAUUUUCCUUCUUUUUUUGAAAUACCUACUACACUAAAAACAUGCUAUUUUGAAAGUUUCACACACUCAUUUGUAAGCUACUCAUUUGGGCUUGUUCCUCUCACGGAACCAGUCAUAAUCCCAGCAGUCACGCGUCUAUCACUUGUCAAUGACUCUGAUACUUCUCUAAUUGCAAACAAAAUCAGUUUUCCAAAUGUCAAAAGCAUGACCAUUUAUUCUCGACUUCCGAGUCCCUUAAAUGUAAGAGCAAUGUUUGGUCGAGUAGACCAGACUGAGUCUGCCUUAACCAGGCUAAGCCUUGGGUUUGAUACUUUUGAAAUAAUGAACGAUAUUUCCGAAAUAAAUUCUCUUUUAAACUUUAAGCAGCUCAAAAUUUUGCAGCUGGUAGAUGAUCACGGCAUGGCUGUUCCACAAACACCAAGCGCUUCCAGCAAAGAUGAAGAAGAACAAUUUAAAUCUUUGGUUUGCCAACGUCAAGGUGAAAGCAUGCUAUUUAAAACAAGCGAUUAUCCAUUUUUGGAAAAACUCCCGUCCUUGACGUUAGACUGUGUUGAAUUAUUUUCCCUUAUAUAUCGCUAUAAUAUUAACCACAUCCCGAUUUUCUUUAUCAAAAUGUUAAAAAUUGAGUAUAUUAUAUCGAAAAUUUUUUCGCAUUCAAAAAUUCAAUAUCUCUACAUUGGUAGCUGCAAUUCCUUCAUCUGGUUACCAUCUCUUGCAUUAUUUUUGAAAGGAAUGGAAAAUGCUGUUUCUCAAGGCUCAAAUACACACCCGGUAAAACAAAUCAAAGUUGUUUCCAGUGGCUACUAUGUGGAAGAUGUCCAUUUUGAACGUUUACCUCAAUAUCCUUCCAUGACUCGGUCGUUUUUCAAAAAUGUUGCUUCAGCCCUUUACAACUUCCAAUACAUGGGACUUCCAGAAAGUACUAAUUCCGUAGUAUCUGAUCAAGGAGUUAACAUUUUCGAUUAUGCUUUGGAUCCAGAUAGAGAAGAAUUUCUUACAGAGGAUGAAGAUUUUUGGAGAUGGAAUUAUUAG